AUGGAUGUGAUCAACCCACCAUUGUGGAGAAGACAGAGAGGAAGACCUAAGAAGUUAAGGAAGAAACAAGCUAAUGAGGUAAAGAACCCAUAUAUCAUACGAAAGAAACAAAAUUCUCUUCGUUGUGGUAAAUGCCACAAAUUUGGACACAACUCAAGGUCUUGCAGUGCUUCAAUGAAAGUUGCAGGCAAUGGCAGCGGAAAAACUAAGACAAAGGCACAUGAUUCGGGAAAGAAAAGAAGUGUUGCAAAAACUAUGAGUAGCUCACAACCAAUUUUUGGAUCUGGGAGUAGUUCGCAGCUAAUGACAGAUACUACCAGCAGCUCACAACCAACCAAAGAGAAUACAAGCAGCUCGCAGCAAAUUAAAGGGACUGGGAAUAACUCGCAACCAGAAAAGAAAUGGCAUAGCUCUGUAAUUCAAAGUGGUGAAAGAGUAAGGAAGAGUAUCAAUAUCAGUGGCAGUGGACUUCCACCUCCCAGUGGGUCUGCAAUUGGAUUAUCAAGAGUUUGGAAUGUACUGGUUCGGGAGGUCCCAAAGGCAUUGGGAUGCUUGCAAGGUCGAAGAUGA